UAUAAUUUAAUUGCAGAAACGCACGGUCGCUACAAACGCAGCUCAAAAAAUAAAAACAAGAAAUCAAACACAAGUCUAAUUGUCAGUCGUGACGACAUCAAAAGAGAAGUCCAGCUGGCCCUGAGUAGCCUGGCCUGUAAGGUAAACUGUCCGAGAGGAAUAAGGGGAAGACGAGGAAGGCCUGGUGCCCCAGGCAAGCAUGGUCCUCCCGGACCGCGUGGACCCCAAGGACCUAAAGGAAACAAAGGUGCUCAAGGAGAUCAGGGGCCUGCUGGACCUAAAGGUGAUCAGGGCCCUCAAGGACCCAAGGGCAAUCCUGGUGAAUCCAUCUCAGCUCCUUCUAUUGUGUCACCUCCAGUGCCUAUGGUUGUAAACGAAACUGGUAUAGCCACAUUGCAGUGUGAGGUUAAAGGAAAUCCACAACCACAGGUCACGUGGCUGAAACAAAACUACAGUCUUCUCUCCGAUAAACGAAUCGUCGAAUCACGUGGUGGAUUAAUUAUUAGAGAUGUGACGUCACAAGAUGGCGGACUCUACACUUGUAAGGCAAGAAAUAUACUUGGCGUUAUUACAUCAUCCGCAGCGUUAACUGUGCAAGGUACAUAAAAAAGCCUACUUAGCUUUAACUUGUCUUAAUUCAAUUAUUUAUAAGCUUGUCGUAUGUGCGUGUUAUCAAAGGUUAAAAUCAUGCUAAAAAUUAGUUUAUUACGAGUAAAUGCAUUGACUUCUGGCAAAAGCAUCUUAACAAAGAGAACGCAGGUCGGCAACAAAAAAAAAGCUGGCUUAAUUCUUCGUUGUGUAGUUAAUUAAAUGCAUUGAAAUUUUUUGAAUAUUUUAACAUAAUAAAUUGUUCACAUACUGUCUCUGCAAGUGCUAGGGGCGCCCCAAGCAACGACAAUUUUCGGAAAAUAUCUGUUCGGAAGACGAUUUGAGAUCUAGAAUAUUCGGAGCAUUUGUUGUAGAAUUUCUUGCUUGACUGCCUUUCCUAGGAUUUUCGAACAUCUAAAAGAUGGUGUAAUUGCCCAUUUUUAACGGAUUUUUACUCUUAAAAGGCCGCGUAGAAUUUUCAGGAGCCUUUUUUCUGGCUGAAAUUUUCGGAAAGGUAAGCUUUGAUCCCUAUAAUUUUCGGAUUACUAGACUUUCAGCUAGGAAAUCCGAACAGAUGAAAAAUUUUAGGGGAUAAAAAUAUGCCUAUAUCUACCGUUCAAAUACUAUUCUCGUUGGGUGCCCCUGAAGUGCGGCUCACACAAUGUUAUAUUUCUUUAUCCUUUUCUUGGCAAGCACGCUUCUAAGUGCAUGUAAUCAUGCCAAUAAAGGCCAGUGCUAUAGAGUAUAGCAUAUGAAGAAUCUCAAUUUAAAAUUCAGUUCUUAAUCUAUAUUACGGGACCGCUUGUUCAAGUCGUUUUGUGUGUUCAGCUUCAACAAAACUUGUCAACCCCAUUGAUUUUUGUUUCGAACUUGUUGAAGACUAUUCAGUUUAAAGGGCGAAAAUUUAUUACGCAAAACAGCUUGUCUCAUUCACUGUUUUCUUGUAGUAUUAUUCAAACACCAAUGACCCCUGAAAGAUCUCUGCUGUUCGACUAAGUAUUUAGGGAGGACAUCAGAAUUGAUGAAUAUUGCAGUUUUAUGGAGACAACUUACAAAACCUGGUUCAAGUUUGUACAUCAGCAACGACAUUUUCCUCAUUUAGGGCGUUUUUUAAGUGUGUUUUUAAAAUCUCAAGGGCAUUCAUUUUAUCAAACGAAAAUCAAAUGAACUGCCGAGCUUGAAUUCAGAGGUAGGGCACAUACUUGGCGUCAACUCAACUCGAAUUACAAUAUCCUUCUUCUUUUCUCCAGUUGGUGCCAAGAUCACUCAUAAACCCUUCUCUAUCAUCGUCGAAGAAGGGCAAAACGCGAUCCUACAGUGUAAAGCCGGUGGUCAGCCGACUCCCAAAAUCACGUGGCGAAGAGCAUUGAGUCACUUGCCUAAAGGGAAGACAAGAGUGGUUGAUGGGAAUCUGACCAUAGUGGGUGUGGCUAAAUCAGAUAGCGGGGCUUACGAAUGUUCAGCAAAGAAUCUCCUGGGUCAGGAAACUGCUGUCGCCAUAUUGAUGGUGAUUGAAAGACUUAGAUUUACCAUUUCCCCUCCACUGAAAAUUACAGCUAAGAAAUCCAGCGAUUUGAUGCUGAACUGUAAAGCUCAAGGUUCAACAGUGAUCAUUUGGAAAAGAGCGGGAAAUCUUCUCCCGGGAAACCAUGUAAUUCAUCGCAACGGAAGUUUACUUUUACGGAACAUUAAUUCACAAGAUGCAGGUUCAUAUACUUGCGUAGCAAAAAACGCUCAGCGUUCUAUACAGGCAACAUCUGUUGUUGAAGUGCAUAUACGUAAGUACACAAUACUCAGUAUUAGAACUUCAACCAAAGCUACUUAAAGUAUUAAUUAAAGUUUCAAAAAUCGUACAGGGGGACUAGGUUCUACUAAGAGACUCAAUGGGGUUAUUAAACCGUCAGCUGCCAAACAGCGUAAAAUGCAGAUUAAUUGUGUUAACAAACAAAGAAGUUUUAAGCUAUUUCAAAUCUUACUAUUUCAGCUUAUCUUCACGGACUUCAGGCUCCUGAAGAAUCUCGAAACUGGAAAAAACCAGUCACCAUGUUCGCAAAAACAUUCUCUCUUGACAUGGCAAGACUUUAGAUUUGCUUUUAUCUGACAGUAUUUUAAAAGUUCAUAAGUUGAAGGCCAAGACAACCUGCAUAACUCAACAGUUAACAAUAUUGAAUACUGAAGGUAAUAUUUUCUUAUCACUCUUGACUUAUUAAAACUCUUCAACUAAAUUUCCACUGAAUUAAUAACCAUCAACCGCCAAAAGCUCUAAAAUGUAACCGUCAACUGUCAAAAUUAGAAAAACACUACCGUCAACCGUCAAAGCUACUAACCCAUUGAGAUCCUCGUUUUUGCCAGAAAACACUUAACCAUAUACUGAAAUGUCCACAAGGCUUGAAAAAGAUUAAAAUGAUAGACAAGUGCUUAAUCUAAUAAAAACCUCUUUCCCGGAUGCAAUCUUAUGUCUCCAACGCUGAACGCUGUUUAUUGGGGAAAGGAUUUAUUAAUUAUAUUUAAUAUAUAUUUUAUAAUCAUUUUUACGUUCUUAAUAUACUUGACUCCAUUACUACUCCUUUUUAAAUUUAUAAGACAUGAGCUUUUGGCUCAGAUACUAAAGGGGACGGACCAUUAGAAAAGUGAAAGGGGAGGGUAGAGAAAAACCAAAAAUCCGUACAUGAAAAAAUGAGUAUAUGUAAAAAAUGCAUACAACCGGAACAGGUAAGAAAAUAUUUGCAACAGCUAAAGCGAAAAAAGGGGAAAACGGCGAACAAAAAAACAUUUAAGCUUAUUAACAUUGAUAAAUUGAUUGAUUGACGGAUUGAUUGAUCCCUUCUUCUUUAUAGCCCGGUGGGUGGAAUAUACACCCCAAUGGUGUGGAAGUAGCAAUCGAAGAAAUAUUGCACGUAGACGCAGCCUUACACUUGAGGAAUGCAAAAAACUCUGCGCAGGUUGUGCUGCAAUUGAAUACUGGUCUGGAAGAGAUAAGGAGUGCAACAAGUGCCUGGAUCACACAAAACGGAGGUCAUACACUAACACUGGGGAUUCCUAUUAUCCACCGCACGUGUUUAUUUGGGAAUGAAUCGCAUCAGUUAAGAAAGACAAAAUGCGUUUUCCUCAGGGACGGACGAUCGAGUGUCUAAUCACUGGUCUAAUCGUGCGGUUCACAUAUAAGUCAGGCUCAUGUUAAGUUCAGCGUCUACUGGAAGAUUUAAAAUCCGAAAUAUUCAGACUCUACUAUUUAUCCUAUAGCAAUGGUCAUCACUGUAUUAGCUUUAUUUUUUACUGAAUAGAGCAAACUAAGUACCAUGCAAUGUUAAAAUUUUGUAUUUGUAAUUUUGCGUCAUCUACUAGACAAUUAAUUUAGGUUAUGUCCAUUCUUUUUUAUGCUAUGAAGAGACUUUCAGUUGUACUCUCUGUAUCGUCGGUUUUCCCCGCCCCACGCCUAGGGAUAGACAAAAACGUGAUGUACGCAUAAUAAUAAUAAUAAUAAUAAUAAUAAUAAUAAUAAUAAUAAUAAUAGUGAUGAUGAUGAUGAUGAUGAUGAUGAUGAUGAUGAAAAUGAUAACGAUAAUCAAACAUGCAAAACGAUAAUCAUAAUCAUAAUUGUCUUGUAUUUAGGCUUUUCUACUUACAAUUGGCUCUUCAUCAAAAAAAUUAAUUUUAGUAAUAGUAGCAAACUACAAAACCGAACCAAUGAGGUAAGCUACAAGAAAAUUCACACUUAAAAUAUGUAGUGAUUUUAGUGGAAACUAUGAGAACACCUAUUUAAAAGCUUAGAAUUUACAAUACAGCAAAAGAAAAUAUUAUAUAAAUAACAAGGGUGAAAAUCUUUUGGGACGUGAAUUAGGUACGCAGGAGGCGCCGUGUUCUUUAGCAUUCACCAGUUAAAGAUAUUUUUAAAUGAAUGAUAGCAUUUUGGGUGCACAGUCAAUUCUCUCAAACGUGACUGAGGAAACUCGCUGUUAUUCUGACAGCAACGACGUCCCCAACAAUACUAAAUAAGACGAUUGACUCAAAUAAACUCCCCCUCUUUUACCAUCCGUCUCUAUUUAAGACUAAAGACUCUUACUUGCGGUCCCGAGAGUGUUCAAAGUAAAGGGAGUGGAGGAGACUCCUCCUCCUAAGCGUGUUUUCGAGUUUUUUUGUUUAAGCUUUGGUCUGAAUGAACACUUAAAGAAGCAGAGGACUACUGGACUAGCUUACGAAAUAAACCAUUAACAAUAGCUUGACUAUAUUCUUCGAUCUCCCUUGCUCAAACCAAUAACGAAAAAAUCUGCGAUCAGGCGGUCCUUCUUCCCUUUCUGUCCCCCCGCCCCGGGCCCCGCCCUUCCCGCCUGAUCGCAGGUUAACAUCAAAGAAGAGGUGAUGUUGCAUUGCUGAAGUUGACAAAAAGUCAAAGUCAUCAUAUAAUGCACCGACUUCCUCCCUCGAGAGGGAGAUUUCAUUUUGAUACUAAAAGCAUCCCGGCUUUUGUAGAAAAUUAUGCUUUGGGAGAUUGCCUGAAAUGUCUUGACCUUAAAGAUCAGAGUUCAGGUAAAUGCUGAUUGGUCAGGACCUUCUGCAAAAUUCCAGUAUAAUUCCUUUGAACAAACGAAUAGUACAAUCAAGUGGUGGAUUUAUGAUUCGAGAUGUGACGUCACAGGACGGAGGUGUGUACACGUGUAGGGCGAGAAAUAUUCUUGGAGUCAUGAUCUCAUCAUCUGUUCAAGGUAAUUUACUUCCCAAUACCAACGUCCCAGUAGUCUUAAUUCGCUUUCAAACAUCUAAACAACUAAAUACUGUUUAAUACAGUACUAGCAAAAGUGAGAAUUAUGGAGAUCUCCUCAAUCUCCAUAAUUCUUCAUAAGAUACUCAGCCUCAUUCAUUAAUUGUUAAAUAGUCGCGAAGGGAGUCAAAAGGUCGACAGAGUCGGAGGCGGUCGGAAGAAUCGGAAAGUCCGGCUAGCAGGCUAGUCUUUUCUUCUGUGAACAGUAUAUCAAGUUUGAGUGUAACGGGUAUGUAUCCUUUGUACAGCAGUCAGUUGCCUGGUGGGUGUCACGUGAUGGCAAGAAAAUGAACUACUGGGGAGGAGCUGAUCGAUCAGCCAACACGUGUGCAUGCGGAGUAACAAACUCUUGCUUAAAUGGUCAAAAGUCUAAUUGUCACGAGUUGGGCAGAGGCUGGAGAGAGGACAGCGGUCUGCUGACAGACAAAUCUGCACUACCUGUGUCACAAAUCAGACUGGCGGACCUGGGUCAACCAGGUGACGAAGGAUACCACACACUAGGAAAACUCAUGUAG